UCUUGCAAUAAUGCAGCCCGAAGGUUGCAUUAAUGCAGCUUGAAGCUUGCAAUCCCUCCGCGGCGCGGCUCUGGGGAGGGAAUGCCUCGCUCCUCUCUUGCAUCAAUGCAGCCCGGGGGAUGCAAUCCCCUCGGCUGACACAGAAUGCUGGAGUAACUCGAAGGCGGUUCGAAUUGUGCAAUAAUGCAGCCUGAAGGUUGCAAUCCCUCUGCGAGUCCCCCGGGACCGGACCUUGCUGGUGAGGGAGCUGCCCGAGCCGUGGCCAUGGCAACCAGCCUGGAUGCGGAUAUCGUUCGGGAGUUGCUGGAAUGCCCCAUCUGCAUGGAGACCUAUGACCAGGCAGCGAUCAGGCCUAAACUGCUGCAGUGUGGACACACUGCAUGCAGGCAGUGCCUGGAGAAGCUCAUCGCGGACAGCAUCAACGGCGUGCGCUGCCCCUUCUGCAGCAGGGUGACGCGGAUGAGCAGCCUGUCCCAGCUCGCGGACAACCUGACCGUGCUGAAGAUCAUCGACUCGGCCAGCCUGAGCGAGGCGGUGGGGGCGGUCAUGUGCAGGGGCUGCCGCAGGAGGCAGCCGCGCAGCUUCUGCGAGCGGUGCGGCGUGGCGGUGUGCGAGGCCUGCGGGGAUGACCAGCACCGGGCCCGGGGCCACCCGGUGGCGUCGGCGCGCGUGACAGCCGAGAGGCGGCGUGGGGAGGUGGUGGCCAGGCUGGCCGGGCUGCGGGAGGUGCAGGCUGGCCUGCGGCGGCGCAAGGUGGCCGUGGACGCGCUGGCCAAGAGCGCGCAAGCCGGAUACAGAGCGGUGCAGCAGGACUACACCCGUGCCGAGCGGCAGCUGCAGGAGGAGCUGGCCAAGUCGCGACGGGUCUUCACCUCUGCCCUGUCGGAGGUGGAGCAGAAUAACGGCCAGGUUCUGGAGGAGCAGGCCUACCUGAUCGACAUCGCCGAGGUACAGAUCAUCUCUCGGUGUGACUACCUCAGCACCAAAAUCAAACAGGCGGACACCGCCCUCCUUGAAGAAGACAUCGAUGAGGAAGACCCUGACAUGACCAAUGGCCUGUCUACGCAGUUGACCUUACAACAACUCGAGCUGGUUAACCGGGACCACCUGGAACCCAUUGAAGUUGGCCAACUGGAAUCCAAGCCGUACACCGUUUCCAUUGAAGAAACGCUGGCGGAGAUGCCCACCCCCUCCAAGCCGGCGCAAGAUGUGGACUCCACCAAGGAUACAGCCAGCUUCUCAAUGCUGGCCUCUCCCCCGAAACGCAGGGCGCACGAAGGUUUGGCCUCCGGGUCUCAUCCGAGCUGCCAGCUCGUGAAGAAGAUCGGUUCGCACGGCAACCUGCCGGGGAUGUUCCACCUGCCGGUGAGCCUGUGCGUCUCGGCACAGGGCGAGGUGCUGGUGGCGGACCGAGGCAACUUCAGGCUGCAGGUCUUCAACAGGAAGGGCUUCGCCAGGGAGAUCCGCAGGAGCCCGAACGGCAUCGACAACUUUGCCCUCAUCUUCCUCGGGGCCGAGCUGCCCAACCUGGUCCCCCUCUCGGUGGCGGUGAACAGCGUCGGGCUGAUCGGCGUCACCGACCACCACGACAACUCGGUGAAGGUGUACACCGCGUCGGGCCAGUGUGUGGCGUGCCACCGGAACCAGCUGACCAAGCCCUGGGGCAUCGCGGCCAUGCCCUCGGGGCAGUUCGUGGUGACGGACGUGGAGGGCGGCAAGCUGUGGUGCCUGACGGUGGACCGGCACGCCGGCGUGGUGGACUACUCCCGGCUCUGCAGCGCCGUGCGGCCCAAGUUCGUGACCUGCGACGCCGCGGGCACCGUCUACUUCACCCAGGGCCUGGGCCUGAGCCUGGAGAACGGGCAGAACCAGCACCAGCUGGAGGGCGGCUUCUCCAUCGGCUCGGUCAGUGCCGAGGGGCAGCUCCGCCGUCAGUUCAGCCACUUCUUCGCCGAGAACGAGGACUUCCGCUGCAUCGCGGGCAUGUGCGUGGACGGAGCCGGCAACCUCCUCGUCGCCGACAGCGGCCGCAAGGAGGUCCUGCUCUUCCCCAAAGAGGGCGGGUUCGUCAGCCUGUUGCGGGAAGGCCUGGUGUGCCCGGUUGGUGUUGCCGUGUCGGCCAAGGGGCAGCUCCUAGUGUUGGACUGCUGGGACCACUGUAUCAAAAUCUACACCUAUCACCCCAGGCAGCAGAUGGUGAAUUAACCCUAUGAGUGGGAAGUCCCGACAAACCGUGUGUGUGUGUGCGUGCGUGUGUGCAAGAAGGAAUCGCAGAUGCUGCUUUAAACCGUAGACAAAAAACGAGUACCUCAGCUGGUCAGGCAGUAUCUGUGGGGAAAAAGAAUGGGUGAUGUCUCGGGUCGGAACCCUUUCUCAGAGGAAACUUCAGACAGCGCAUCUUUAUUUAUUUUGUUUUGUUUUUUUUAAUUUAAUUUAUUUUAUUUUUAAUUUUUUUAUUUAUUUUUUGUUUUUAUUGUAUUUCUCUCUUGUUUCCCUCUCCCCUUUGACUCUCUGUUUGAAGAAAGGUAUUCUGUCCAUAGGGAGGACAGUUCAAAAGGCCUCGACCCGAAACGUCACCUAUUCCUAUUCUCUAUUGAUGCUGCCUGGCCCGCUGAGUUCACUCCAGCUUUUUGUGUCUAUCUUCAGCCCACAAACCCUUCCCGACACCAGGCUUAUUCCCACCAGCAGAACAAUCGACCAUUUCAAAUCUCUGUGAAACGUUGCAGAUUUGACUGUGGUUAGAGUAACUAAUCAAACUCAGGCCGUGAAGUGAACUGUUUCGGAAAGAACUGCAGGUGCUGGUUUCAAUCGAAGGCAGACACAAAAUGCUGGAGUAACCCAGCGGGAAAGGCAGCAUCUCUGGAGAGAAGGAAUGGGUGACAU